AUGGCGGCAACUGAAACAUCAAGCGCUUCAUCAUCAGUCCUCCGCCCUCUCACUCGGGCACAGAUAUGCGCAAAACUCAACCUCUGUUUAAAGAAGCAUUCCACCGCCAACACUCCCACCAAACCUUCCCCCGCAGCCGUUUCACAUCCUCCUCAGAAGAAGCGAAAGUGCUGUCUGUGCGAUCCCACGGCGCGUCCCGGCCGAUCGUUCCUAUGCGCCGUACACCGCCGAUUAGCAAAGGAGAAUAUCGAGAUCCUGCUUUUGAAGGCGAAGCGAAGGAGAUCUGGAUUGAACGUGAAGAUAGGGAUCCUAGGUUUGAAGCCGAAGAAGCGAAGACGGUGCUGCUUCACGACGAGCGAUUCGGGAUUGAACCUGAGGAAGACGGUGAUGAUGAAUUCGCUCGCGGGGAUCGGGAGUGUGGAGGCGGAGAAAUGUAGGAAGUACUUGAAGGAGAGUAUGGUUAAACCGUCGUCUCUCCGUUUCCGUCGUGUGUUCAGGCCACGACGGACCCGGUUCUACGCGUUGCAUGAUAAAGAUCAAGUUUAA